AUGAUGUUCACUAAUGUAACCAGGAUAAAAGAUUUCUUCAUUGUUGGAUUUCCCGGGCUUUCACCAGACUACUAUAUACCCGUGUCAGUCGUGCUUUUCAUUCUCUACUUGGUGAUAGUGGGAGGAAACAUUUUUAUUUUAGUGUUUGUCAAAUGUGAAAGUUCUCUUCACAAACCCACGUAUCUGAUCUUCUGCCACCUCGCUAUGACAGACUUAGCGUUUGGGACCGCGACUCUUCCGAAGAUCAUUUCAAAAUACUGGUUCGACGACAGCGUCAUUUCGUUUUACGGCUGCUUCGUGCAAAUGUAUUUCGUCCACUUUCUUGGAGCGGCUCAUUCGUUCAUCCUGAUGGUGAUGGCGCUCGAUCGCUCCAUUGCCGUUUGGGCUCCGUUGCGUUACACGGCAGUUUUCAGCAACACCACAGUCUCUGUGCUGUGCGGAGUAUCGUGGAUUCUGCCAUUAUCAUGGAUGGUGGGUAUAGUUGUUGAUGCUCUGACGUUGCCUUUUUGCAAUUCCAAUAUGAUUCUUCAAUGCUACUGCGACCACAUCGCAAUCACACGACUUGGGUGUGAGAAUGUGAGAGAAGUUGAGGUUGUUGCGGUCGCUGGGGCCAUGUUCUUUCUGUUGGUGCCUCUGGGCUUCAUCCUGUUCUCUUACUUUAUCAUCAUUGUGGCUGUUAUUCGUAUUUCCAACUCCGAGGGUCGUAUGAAGACUCUGUCCACCUGCACGCCGCAGCUCCUCAUCACCUUCAUCUAUUACAUGCCGAGGUGCUUUGUGUACCUGGCGAACAUUGUUGGAUUCAGGUUCAGCAUUCCGGUUCGCAUUAUCAUUGUCAUGCUGUACAGCCUGUUACCUGCCGCCAUCAACCCCAUAAUAUACUGUUUCAAAACCAGGGAUAUCAAGGAAAAUCUGAAAAGCAGAUUCCUUGUCAGGAAAAUUAACACAAGCUCAAAGACGUGA